AUGAAUACGGUUCCAGGCCCAGGUGGAGCGGCUAACCUUUUCAGUGGUCUUUCUGCUCAACAGCUGGCCGCAUUGUCUGGAGUGCUUGGAGGGCAGAGUACGUUCAGUCAGGCUCAAUUAGCUGCUCUUACGAAUAGCAGCUUAUCAGCGCAGCUCAACAACGUGUUAGCUUCCGUAGCUCAACAACAACCUGUUGCCCCUGUACAAAAUGCUACUCCAUUGGCGGUUGAGAACAAGACUGGAGCAACCAAUGGGGUCAGCACAGCCGUGCCAGACCUUUCACUAACCUCACUCCCUUGGCCCGUGGUCUCACCAAUCAUGAAUGUGCCACAUUUUGAUUUGGCCACUUAUCGUUUGGUUAAUCUCGAUGUUGCUCCAAGCAGAGAUGUAAAUGGGUUCGACCUGCCUCUUGCAGAUGUUACUACUCUACGCUUCUUUUUCAACUUGGGAGUGCAGCAUUCGCGUUCCUUAGCAGCAACGCAGCUCUAUCAGGAGAAGUUAGCACAUGUAGCGGUAUCUUCAGCAUCAGCAUCUGUUGCACAACCUACACAAACCAGUCUGCCCCACGGUACCCAAUUAGGCGGGGUUAAUAUCUUAUCUGAAGCGCAGAUUGGAGGGCCGAGAACAACUAUGGAUCAGUACAUAAAUCAGCUUGGAAUCGGUAGUCCGCAAGCCCAAGCACUGCUUCGACAAGCGCAAUCACAUCAUCUUGCACAACAGGCGCAACUCCUAGCAGCUGCAGCGUCUGUACGGCUGCCGGAUCGGCCACAUCCUACUUAUGGCAACUCUAUCUUACCUUUACAUGCUGAUCUUUUGCAGCUAGCUAGCCAGAUUCCAAUCUCGGUUUCGGCUGCUAUCCCGGGUGGACAGGUUUGUUACAUAUAUUACCUUAUUUUUCAUCACAAAGCCAUCUGA